AUGGCGUCAAUGGGGAUAAUGACGGCACCGCCUGCGGUGUCCGGAGGCAAGAAACUGGUUUGUCGAGUAUGCCAGAAAGCAUUCUCCAAGGCCGAACACUUGAGGAGACAUGAGCGUUGCCAGUGUCGAAGGCCCUUUGCCCGACAGGAUGCUCUUACUCGCCAUGAAAAGCUGCAUGCUCGUGCUAUAAAUGCAAAGAAUGGCUCUUCGGAGGUUCACUUACCGCCACAUCCUACCUCUUUGAAUUCUCUCCCUUCUUGGGAUACGACAAGUGCUUCCACUGGGGAUCCGGCGUCAACUUCAGCAACAAGUCACUCAUGGGACGAGUCUCAUCCCGGAGAUCAUGCAAGUAUGCAUAAUGUUGCCUCGGAGUUGGACUUUGAGUUGGUCUGGCCUGAUUCGGAAGACUUGUUCCAAAGCUUGAUGUCCUCGGAUACGACAGACCAAUGGCAGAUGCCGCUUGGUACCUUGCCGUUUCCACCUGUUGUGCAGGAUAUGAAUGGUAUGAGCUUUGGGUCUCCGAAUCUAUUCGAUGACCAUAGGUCUACUGUCGGGGAAAUACCGUCCGGUGGAGGUCACCAGGCAGUGCAAGAUGUCACAGAGAUGGUAACGAGCUCGUCAUCCAGUGUUACCGCCGCCGUCAAAGCUACAUCCAUCACCUCAGUAUUCCUCGACGAAUGUCUUCAUAUGUUCUUCGUCCGCUUCAUCCCCACAUUCCCAAUCUUGCAUCGUGCAACCUUUGUUUUCCGCGAAUGCACGCAUGCUCUCCUUCUUAAUGCCAUUGCUAUCGGCUCUUUGUACCUAGGCCCCAAGGACUCGGUUGCAAAGGGCGAAGCCCUGUGGCGCCUAGCGCAUACCGCACUUUCGACUUCAUGGCAGUCUAUGAUCACACAUAAUGGCCCAUAUGAUGCAUGCAAGGGAGUUCAGCUGAUGAUCACAGCCCUGCUGGGCCAGAUCUAUGGGGCGCUAUCGAAGAACCGGGCAAUUCGAACCACUAGUCAGGUAUUCCACCCGCUUGGCUUCUUAUGGGCAAGGCACUGCGGCAUGUAUGAUAGCGAGCCAUACUCACUGGACAACCUCCCCUCGGUCGAUGCUCCCGCUGCAGAAAAGGAACACCAGUGGCGAAUCUGGUCUGCGCGGGAGAUCCAGCAACGCUCUCUGUUAGCCUACUACGUCCUGGACGGGCUUGUGGCUCAAACGUCGAGUGAUGGUGCCUCUUCUCGCCAUGUGGCAAACCCACUUAGCCUCCCAAGUAGCGAGGAAGCCUUUGAUGCCAGCACUGCCAAUGAAUGGUUGGCUCAUAUGCACUCACAAAAGCCGGAUCAAUCCUCAUUCAGAACGAUUUUCCGCUCCCUCUUCCCACCGGUUGGGAAUUUCCGCACUCUAGAGUACAGGUUCUCCGCCUUCUCACUGCGUGUGGUGCUGGAAGGGCUCCAGUCUCUAACCUCCGAAUUUGAUGACAACGAAUUAGCCGUGGGAGUUCCUAGCCAAUCAGACGUCCGGCGAGCCCUAGCUCAAGUUCAUGAGACAAUAUCCAUGAGCAUCCACUUUACUGCAGCAGAGAGACUCGAGAUUCUACUGCGUUGGCACACACACGUCUCUGGUGGAUGCGGAACUGUCCGCCCUGGCUUCGAUCUAGUCAAAUGGGCCAAUUCAGAAGACGCGCGGCGGGCCGUCCUCCACGCAGUCGCCAUUCAAGACAUCGUAGAGCAAUUACCACGUGGUCGCGCGCACGCCGUCCACAUGCCCAGCUCACUAUUUGCAGCGGCAACAAUAUUCGUUGUCUUUUCACUUGCAGGAGUCGCUACUGUGAAUUUGCCUCGUAACACCGUUUGGCAAGAUGCUUUGCUGUCCCAUUCGGAUCUCAACCUGGGAAACGAGGAUAUCCGGCCUCGAUCUGGCUCAGAGACAAAGCGCUUCGUCGAGGACGGAAAUGGGGCUUCCUCGCUUCCGCUUCCUAUUGGUGGUUCUGUCAGGAACCUGCUUUAUGAGCUCAACUCUAUGCAAAAGCUUUUCCGGUGCUUAUCUUCUCAGUGGGGUAUUGCGCAUGACAUGGAGGAUAUUAUUGCGCAAUGGAUUCAGCUCUGUCAUUAG